UAAUAUUUAAUAAUUAGUCAAAGUAAUAUUUGUUAUAAUUUGACUUAUGUGUGUCUUGUAAAUUGAACAAUAUUUUGUGUUUCAAAAUGUGUAACCGUAUGUUCGGUAUUUCAGUAAAGGUAUCUUCCAAAUCGCAAAAAAUGUUUCGUUCUGAAUACUUUGCCGAACUAAGCUGAGUCUACCAGAAAAUAUUGUUUAAAAUGUGAAUUCGGAUUUACUAAGUUAAUAAUUGUUUUCGCCUAUUUAAAAACAUUUUUAUUUAUAUUUUGAAGUGUGAUUUCCACGUACCUUGAGUUACUUUAUUCAACGCUGUAAAUUUUGAUAUAUGCGAACAAUACAAGAGGGAAACUGAAAACGCGUCUUUUUUAGAGAAAAAUGUCUCAGUCUGUUUUAAUGUGCGGUGAUCCCAAUGCUAUAACAAUAGAAGAGGACAAUAUUGUGUCCAAUUUCUCAAAUAUUGUUGGUAUACCUGUCCCGUAUUCCUCGGAAUAUGGAAUUUUACUAAGCAAUGAUGAAUACGGAGUCGUUACAACUAAGAAUUGUCAAGUUCAAGGAUUGCUGGCACACAAUAUUAAUGAUGAUCUAAUUUCUGAGGAAGUAAUGAAUUCUGGACAAAUUAAAGAUUUAAAUCAAAGUGAACAUACCACAUAUGCAAAUACAACUUUCGUAAGCAACAUAAAUAGUAAGGAGGUUAAAUCGCAGGCAACAACAAGAACAACGCCAUCACCAAUUCUCACUUCUAAAAAAAUUAAAAUAGUGUCAAAAGGCAGUACAUCAGCUUUAACUAUACCUUCAAAUCUAACCGAUUCAAAUAUGUCAAAUAUGAUCAAUUCUAUACCUUCAAACUCCCACAUUACUAAUAAUUAUAAACAACAUAACUCACGUUUGCAUCGACAACGCCAACACAAAAGUUGUCAACUUUAUGUACAAGAUGAUUUAAACACUGUUAAGCCACGCCGAUGGGAACAAAAACUUGUACAAAUAAAAACAAUGGAAGGCGAAUUUAGUGUUACUAUGUGGACAUCAGGUACAUCUGAUGACGAAGAUGAACCAAAUAUAGAAAUAAAUAAUGAAUAUGAAAAAAUGUUAACAAACACAAGUAAUCUGGACCAAAGAGUUAAUGGAAUUAUAUCGAUUAAAAACAAUUGUGCGGAAAAUGAAAUUUUUCAAAAACAACAAUCUUUACAACAACAGUUAAUAUUACAACAACAAAAACAGCAACAAAUGCUAGCUCAAGAAAAUAUAAAUAAAUGUACAAAUUUAUCUUCCAUAUCUAAUACUACUUUACCAGAUUUAGAUUUGUCAGAUCCAAAACAGCUUUCUGAAUUCGCCCGAAAUUCGAACAGUGAUAAACUAAAAAUGAGAAAAAAUGAUAGUGACAAUAGAGAAAAAUGUUUUCCUAUUUCACAACCAAUGAUAACACCUUCUACCUCUGCAAAUACCGUAUUUUCGGUACAAGAAGGAGUAUCUGUUCGAACUGUCAGUGUACAACCUGGUAAUAACUUUAAUUCGUCUUUAUCAUCUUCACCUCCACCUUUGACAUACAGUAGCAAUCAUAUCAAUACUGAAAAUUCGCUAGUAACUGACAAAAAAAUUGCAUGUCCGCAUAAAGAUUGUAAUAAAUAUUUUCGUGAUAACUCGGCUAUGCGAAAACAUCUGCAUACUCAUGGUCCUCGUGUACACGUUUGUGCUGAAUGCGGUAAAGCUUUUGUAGAGAGUUCAAAGCUUAAAAGACAUCAACUUGUGCACACUGGGGAGAAACCUUUUCAGUGUACAUUCGAAGGUUGUGGCAAAAGAUUUUCUCUGGACUUUAAUUUAAGAACACAUGUGCGAAUUCACACAGGAGAUAGACCAUAUGUAUGUCCGUUUGAUGGCUGCAACAAAAAAUUUGCUCAAUCAACGAAUUUAAAGUCCCAUAUUUUGACUCACGCAAAAGCCAAACGCAGCUCUAGUGGUCGUCAUAAUUCCAAUAACGAUUCUAACAGUCCUUUACAAAUGGGUACUCAAAAUUUUGUGAAGGUUGAAAUGAAUGAUUCAAAUUCUUCCUAUAUAUUGUAUACGGACUAAGUUGUUAAUGAAAUGAAUAAAAUAUAGAAAUAAAUUCUAA